AUAAAGAAAGAGAAAGAACAGCUCAGUUUUAAGAAGAGUCAUGACCUUCCAUCCUCAAAUGGAUGGUUUUUCAUUUUCUGGGUGGAGCUUUACGCAAUCCCCAUUAUACCCGCCACCCAACCUCCAUUCCCCUUUCUCUCUCUUCUUCUCCCUCUCUCUCUCCUCUGUUCUUUUCCCCUUUUCCCCUUUUUCUUAUCUUUUUCCUCUGUCAUUUCAUUCCAAUUUCACCAUCCCUUUCGUAUAUAUCUUCUUCGUCUUGUAUUUCCUUCAUCUGGGUUUGUUUCUUUUCCGAUUUUGACCCCAGAUUCAUUUCCAUGGGUAACAUUGGUAGUAGCGGUUCCAGUGGCCGGAGAAGGCACGGUAGUCGCCGGAGUCACCCAACUCCACCACCAGCAGCGCCACCCCAGCCUGAAAUUACAAGUAAUCGCUACGUUUUCGCUGCUGCUACGCCUUACCCAACGCAAUACCCGAACCAUCCGAAUCAUCCGCCCCCGUAUUACCAGUAUCCUGGUUACUUUCCACCGCCACCUGGUCCGCCGCCGUCGAUGCCGAUGCCUUUGCCGGCGCCUUACGAUCACCACCACCGUGGAGGUCAUCCCCAGAUGGAUCCCGCGCAUUGGGUCGGUGGGAGAUACCCUUAUGGCCCUCCUAUGCCGCCCCAAACGCCCUAUGUUGAGCACCAGAAGGCGGUUACCAUACGAAAUGAUGUUAAUCUCAAGAAGGAAACUCUUAGAGUCGAACCUGAUGAAGAAAAUCCCGGCCAAUUCCUUGUAUCAUUCACGUUUGAUGCCACCGUUGCUGGGAGUAUCACAAUCUUCUUCUUUGCGAAAGAAGGUGAAGAUUGCAACUUGACCGCUGUAAAAGAAGACAUUUUUCAACCAGUAACUGUCCAUUUCAAACAAGGGCUUGGACAGAAGUUCAGACAACCUUCUGGAACCGGAAUAGAUUUCUCAAAGUUUGAAGAGUCAGAGUUUCUGAAAGUGAAUGACACAGAUGUCUAUCCUUUAGUUGUAAAAGCUGAGGCUUCCACCGACAGUCAAACUGGCCCUGAUGGUACCGCGGUACCUGACCCCAUGAAUUCUCAGAUAACACAAGCAAUAUUUGAGAAAGAUAGAGGUGAAUAUCAGGUAAGAGUGUUGAAACAAAUCCUGUGGGUCAAUGGUAUGAGAUAUGAGCUACAGGAGAUAUAUGGCAUUGGCAAUUCAGUCGAGGGCGAUGUGGAUGGAAAUGACCCUGGAAAGGAAUGUGUCAUUUGCUUGUCAGAGCCACGGGAUACGACUGUCCUUCCCUGCCGACACAUGUGUAUGUGUAGUGGUUGUGCUAAGGUGCUAAGGUUCCAGACGAAUCGAUGCCCGAUUUGUAGACAACCCGUCGAUAGGCUCUUAGAGAUAAGGGUCAGCAAUGGGCCAGAAGAAUAAAGAACAACGGUUCUACCAUCGUCUCGCAGUUGAAGCAAACUCUGUACAGCACUGCGUUUAUUGCAUUUCUUUUUGCAUCAUCUGAAUUGAUUCCCUUUCGCCCUGAAUUUUCUACCUGUUCUAAAUAAUCAAGAAAGGAAAGCGUUUAAGCUUAUAUCCAGCACAUUGUGAUAUUGUGCCAGGGAAAAAGAAAAAGAAGGAAAUUGUAAACAGUUGUACUUGUAUUCUCAUGAUCAAAAGUGUCUGUAGAAUUUAUCUCUAUUAUAUAUACUUAAGCCGAGCCAUGUUUUGUUUGUAAUCAAAUCCUUUGCCAUUUCUUUGGUUUAAUCAUUUCUAACAUC